AUGUUUGCAGGACUAUCCUCGCGGGGUUCAUCGAGAGGGACAUGGAACGGCACAAGCAGAUUGCGGAGGACUUUCGACCGAGCUUGUUGUCAGAAACUGAACCACUACCAGUCAUACUCAGCCGCACCCGGCGGCUAUCCAGCUCGGACCACGAUCCCGAAGUGGCUGAAAGAGCUGGAGAAGAACCAAGCACCCUUGCCAUCACCCUUGCCGUCCCAGCCGAGGAUCGUCAACAACCGACAGAAGGAGCUCGAUGACCAAGCUAUCAUCUAUGAGGCUAACAUCAGGGAUGACUUCUCAGGCUCACCCAAUCGGAUCGGAAUCAGCAUCAUUGGUUUAUUGAUAACCAGUGGUUUGGUCGCCAAUCAGAUUCGCCAUCAUGGAGCUGGUCCAGUAUGGUCCGAUCCAAAGAGUGAUUGGCUCGAUUUCGAGCUCAAGCUCUGGGACCAAUCCACGCGAAUGUUUAUCUCGAUCAGCUUAAUCACCCUCUCAUUCGUAAAAUCGGUCAAGUUCUUGUUCACUUUGAGCCAUACCAUCAAGCGGAUCACGAUCAAGAAGACACAUCUCAGCCAACUCAAAAAGCUCGUUUCUGCAAGAAAAAACAAGCCAUCCAGCCAGGCGCUGUUGGAUUCAGUCCCACUGAACUUCUACUCGAUCGGUGCAUUAGAUCUGAUCUAUCCGAUCAAAAGGAUAUUCCAAUUCUCGAUCCUAGACUCGAUACCCACCAGUCGUCUGCUCCGACUCUCUCAGCCCCUCGACAGCCAGAGCCAAUCAUAUCACCAACGCUCCCUCUGGCUGAAGUUCUGUGUGUCCGCCGAUAGCCGCGAUCGCCCCCUGGAAAACACUCAACUCAAUUCCUUCGCCCUCCAAAUCCCUGCUGCUGGGGUCUGGGGAAACGCCAAGUUCGACUUGGCUCCUUCGGAUAUCUUGUCCCUUUUCGAGGAAAAGAUUCGAUCAAUCGAUGAUCUGAAGGCUAACAAAUCACGUUCAACCCAACCAAAGAAACCAGCGGGGAAUCAGCUACACUUGCCGGGAGAAAAUGUUGACCAAGAUGGACAACUGUACAAGCUUUUCGGGCUCGAUCUCCGGCAUUCCCUCGGCUUCAAUCUCUCGGUCCUCAAAGCCCAUCUUUCUUCUUACUAUCGACAUCUUUCCGCAAAGGUUUCGACCACUAAAGCCACCUGA